AUGGAUUACAGGUUCAUGUCUUUGUCACCUCACUCCCCCGAAAUACCACCUCCUUUUUUUGGAGAGCCAGCAGAGAGUCCCUCAGAUUCUUCCAGCCCUGUAUUUCCCAAUGGUAUGAAAGCGACAAUGUACACCAAUAUAGAGAGUUCAUAUGGCAGAGUUCCAUUUGAUGACGGUUCAUCACCACACCAGGAUGCCAUCGCCGGGAAAAUUCCUUUAGAAUAUAUUGGUUCAACAACACUCGAUGAACAUGACCGAAUAUGCAGUAGAAGAAACAAUGGCCGUGAAAGGGAGAAUGUAACAAACAUGCAUCUUAGACGUCGUGCUCAAAACCGAGCCUCUCAACGUGCAUUCCGAGAACGAAAGGAACAACACCUCAAAAGUCUUGAAAGUAGACUACACGACCUCAGUAGCAAAUAUCAUGAUCUGUUACAGUCAUAUGCCCGACAAGCAGAGGCAGUUCAACAUCUCAACGAUCGCAUCCAACAAUUGACUACAGAACUUGAGCUUCUCAAAUCCACAAAUGAUGGUACAAUGGGUGAAAUGUCAUCACAGUAUAAAUUUGACAUUAUUGCGUACCCUGAGUCGUGCCCCAGCCCUGGAUACCAUUACAACAAGUAG